UCUGGAGGAGCAGUUGGGUGGAGCUGCUCUGCCAGCACAACAAACGGCAACAAAAAUGGAUCUCCAUGUCCGUCUUCGGUAGAAAUAUGAACUGUCAGUCAUCACUCAGCACUUUUGUCGUCUCGCCUCGCCACCCGACGCAGUAACGUGGACCCCCGCCGGGCAGCAGGGCCUUUAUGGCGAGUCUGUCUUAUUUAGUGCUCCGCUUCUCGGGCUCCGCUGGUCGGACGUACGGAGUGUUUUCUAAAGGCUUGACCAGGACUUUGUUGAUAUUUUUCGAUCUGGCAUGGCGACUGCGGAUCAGAUUCCCCUACAUCUACCUGGUGGCGUCGAUGAUGUUCAACGUCAGGUUACAGGUCCACAUUGAAAUCCACUGAGUCGUCGACGCCGUGCACUUAAAACAAUGACCAGUGAGCACUGCCAUGCUUCAGCCGGUGAGGGCCACCGGCUGACCGCACACGGAGACGUGGAGGAAGAGGACGUUUAACCCCGCGGACCCUCGUGACAAUGCAACAGAGUGACUCGGCUGGUCGUUCCCGUCGGCUCCCGUCACACAAGCUCAGUGCCUUUUUUUUUUGCAGGAGAAGGGCAGAAAUGAGGCGGAGGAGGAUUUCUACUCAGCCUCUGCACUCUGGAUUUCAAAAAAAAAAAAAAAAAAGAAAAGUGGACUGGAAGCAUAGAUGUGAAAAUGAAAUGUAAGAAAGAUGAUUGUAGCUGUGAAACUUUGUUGCUACUCAUGUAAUGCU